GAUGGCGGCUGCUCUGCGGAGAGUAUCAGCGGUGAUAGUGAGCAGCUCGGCGAUAAGAUCAGGAGAUAAAAGCCGGGCUGUGAGCAGGUGGACGGCUCGGUACCAGGAUGGAACCCGGGUGAGGAGGAGCGGAACGGCGAUAGGGCUCGGGCUCGGGCUCGCAGCUGGUGGAGCCGCAGUGAUGUACUUCAGUUACCGGGGAGCGCGCAAGACAACCUGGCAGAACGCACCAGUGCUCCCAGUGCUCGCAGAGGAACCGACCCAGCCUAAUUAUUUUGACAGUGGGGACGUGCACAUGUCCUCCCACGAGCAUCGUUUCCGUCUCUUCAGCUCAGUGGAGUAUGAGGGGCAACUCUACAUGACUCCUCAGAACUUCAUCGAGUCUGUCACCAUGAGCGAGCCUAGGAAUAAAAAACAGUGGAGGUCCCUCACUAAACAGGAGUUGGAGAAGAUCCUCACGGAGACUCCGCCAGUUUGGAAAGGGAGUUCCAAACUCUUCCGAAAUCUUCAGGAGCGAGGCAUCAUCGCGUACACGGAGUAUCUCUUUCUGCUCUGCAUCCUAACCAAGCCUCAUGCUGGAUUUAAAAUAGCUUUUAACAUGUUUGAUGCUGAUGGUAACCAGAUGGUGGACAAGCAAGAGUUUCUGGUGCUACAGGAAAUCUUUCGGAAGAAGAAUGAGAAGAAGGGAAGGAAGGGAGACGUUGAGAAGUCAGCUCAGCUGAGUAUGCAGCUCUAUGGAUAUCAGGUCGUCCCUGGCAACAGUGUGUCAAAAAAAGAGAGUCCAGAGAAGUGUGUGGCGCGGAGCUACUGGGAAGUGUUGAGACGAAGCGCCAGCCAAGCGCUAUUUUCUGACCUGGCAGAGGAUUUUAAUCUGGAGCGAAUGGAUGACACCACCAUGAUCGACACUACAUUGCUGGUGCACUUUUUUGGGAAGAAGGGGAAGGCCGAGUUGACAUUUGAAGACUUCUACAGAUUUAUGGAUAACAUCCAAACAGAGAUGUUGGAGAUUGAGUUUCUGACAUACUCCAAGGGCAUGACCACAAUCAGCGAGGAGGAUUUUGCACGGAUCCUGCUGCGCUACACCAACGUAGAGGACAUCCGGAGUUACCUGGCAAAUGUGCGCCACUCCAUUCCUGAUGAGAAGGGCAUCACAUUUGAAGAGUUCAGAUCUUUCUUCCAGUUUCUUAACAACCUUGAGGACUUUGCUAUCGCUAUGCAGAUGUACAACUUUGCCUGUCGCUCUAUCGGACAAGAUGAGUUUGCAAGGGCGGUAUAUGUGGCGACUGGACUGACACUUACACGACACCUGGUAAAUACCAUCUUCAAGAUCUUCGAUGUGGACCAUGAUGACCAGCUAAGCUACAAAGAAUUCAUCGGUAUCAUGAAGGACAGGCUGCAUCGUGGAGGCAGGGGUUAUAAGGAUGUAGAACAUUUCACCUCUUUUAGGUCGUGUCUGAAGAAGGAGCUGGCAGGAAGCAGGUGAGUGGUCAGCCGUUUUUCAGCUGUGUACGAUCAGAAACAGUAAGACUGGCUCAGUAACCCUGGCUACAAUUAAAGAAGUCUCCAUUCUUGAGCCCACAUCAUUAUCUUCAUCAGAAGUUUACUGAAGCCACGUAGCAGCGACUGGGACGACAGGAGUUUUCUCAGCUCUAUAAUGCAUGCUCUGCAUGACUUGGUCUUCUAUCAAACCUUCAUUCUUGUCUGAACUAUGACUUUUAUUAGUAAUGUAUAAUGCCGCAGAUACUUGUAAAACAGAUCCACAUUAUUUUAAAUUAUUUAAAAGGUUUUCAGGAUGACAGUUAUAUACUGUGUAUAAUCUUGUACUGCAUUUUAACCAGAAAGCAUCUGCCUUAGAAGCAGUGUUGAAGUGAGGCUGAGUGAAUAGGCAAGAAAGUAAUAAGAAUAAUUGUAACUAUAUGACCAACUUCUGCACUAACUUUAGCAUUUUGCGGUAAGGCCUAAUAAUUUCUGUACACAAAAGAGAUCAAGAAAUGCCUUAUUGAUAAAAUGUUUAAAUAUUGCACUUCACUGUUAUUUAUUGUUACAUUUAACAAAUGUAAAAAGAAAUAUAUGCAUAAUGCUAAUAAAUGCUAAUUUAUUGCAGAAAUAUGUUCCUAUAAUAAAAAUGAAGGCAACUGGUAAA